AAGAACUUGACCAAUCAGACGCUUUGUUAUUCGAUAAGGACUCCGUUUGCUUUAAGGCGCCAACUUUGAGUCGUUAUUGUCGGUAGAUUUUGUUUCGCCUCCUGGCGCUUUACCAACGAUGGGUGAAAAUACCUUCCCUGUUUACAACGCAGAUGCGAUAGUAAACUUUUAUCGAACGGAAGUUCUGACUGGCAACGAAGCCAAACAUUUCACCAAGAGCGACCUGGCUCCUGUUCCUAAGCCCGAAGCAGUUCAGACAUUGUACAUGAGAGUUUUGCACCUCCUCUACCGCUUCAGACCUGAAUGUCACUCUAUGGUUCCACUUAUGGAGAACAUUCAGUUUCCAGAGUAUCAUGAGGGGGCAACUACUAUCAUGAGUGUCUACAUGCGCAUGCGUCAGUUUCUGCCCGUGUGUAUGGUCUAUGAUUUCUCCCUGUCGGACCUUCUUGCCCCAAAUAAAUCGAAGACUCUGACCAUUCUAAGUGCCAUCAUGAACUUUUUGUACUUCAGGAAGCAGAGGAUGACUGUGAUCUUGGAGAAGCAGGCCAGAUUUAGGGCAGACAUGGACAGACUGCAGUCUUAUAACAGAGCCAACAUGGAAGCAGAGAAAAAAAUUGAGAUUUUGAUGACAAUCCCACCAGAGCAGCAGGCCGAGGUGGAUGAGCUGGCAGCUGCUCUGACUGAACUGCAGACCACCACCAGACAUGAAUUACAGGAAGUGGAGACGAUAAACGAAAGCAUUGGAGAGUGGAAGACCAAAAUUGCAGACAAGACUCAGAAACUGGCCCAAAUAAAGUUGGACAUCAGCAGCCUAAAAGAAGAAGUUGGCAAACUUAAGUCCCAGAUUGUGGAGUCUCCAGAGGAGCUGAAGAGCCAGAUGGAGAAGAUGAGAGAAAACGUCAAGGACAUUAAGAAUUCAGUCAAAGAAACGGACGAAUGUGUGGUGGAGCUGCAGAACAUGGUGCAGAGCAUGACUAACACUGAAGCUGAGAUCCAGCACAUAUUGGGCCUUUUGCAGGACCUGGAGAGCAGCAUGAACAACACCAAGCAGAGACAGGAGGAGCACCAGGAGCUGAUCAUUCAGCAUGAGAAGAAGCAGAAAGAGCUGAAGAGCCUGUGUAAUGAGGAAGUCCAGCUAAAGCGCGCACAGGCAAUGAAGCUGGACAAAAAGUCCAAACUGAAGUUUCGCAGUCAGAAGAAGAGAGAGAUGAAGGAGCAGCAUUUUCAGGAUGUUCUGGGGCAGUGUAACCAGAUCCAUCAGCAGCGCGCGAGGGUGGACUACAGAAUCCAGGAGAUCUCCAGAGAAACACAAAACCUGAACGUCACGAUCCAGAGCCUGAAGGAUGUUUGCAGCAAGGAGACAGAACAAGCGCAGGCUCUCUACGACGCUGUGUGUGCUUCCAUGGACAACUUCCACAGGGGGAUCGAGCUGCAAUCCAUAGACCUUAAAAAAGACAUCAUGAACAUGUCUGCAAACUUUUAAACAGAGUUUAUUGCUUAUAUUACAUUUCUUGCUUAAUUAACCAUUGUUUUUUCAAUACUUAAAUAAAUCUGAACCGUGAUACAACA